UCGCGACAGGUCAAGUUUCUCACGCAAAAACAAUUAUCAUCGAUAUCUCUGGAACAAUUUGCCUAUUUCUUGUAAUCUCUUCCAUUCGAAAUCAUUGAAGUGAAGUGGUCAGAAGGUGCCAUUUGCAAAGCAACAGCAAAUCGAACCUCGGUCUUCUUGGGCGCGUCAUCGCAACACUUCUUUUCCGGGGUCGACAAUUGAAGGACAGCUGAGUGAAGGCACCUUGUCCUCGAACCACAAUACCAACACGCUCCAUCUCACCUUCUUAUCGCCUGUCAAGACGCUCAUUGUUUACUCCCUCGCAUGCGACAUCCCCGAUAAGACGUUCCACUCUCAACAGCACAUCCACACAGCACCAUGCCUCGCGAACGAUUCCUCAAGCAGUCUCUCGGCGCGCAGUUCGCCAACAUCAAGAAUGCGCGCAUCCUGGUCGUCGGCGCUGGUGGCAUCGGCUGCGAACUGCUCAAGAACCUCGUCUGCACCGGCUUUGGCGAGAUCCAUGUCGUCGACCUCGACACAAUCGACCUGUCCAACCUCAACCGCCAGUUCCUCUUCCGUCAUGCACACAUCAAGAAGUCCAAGGCUCUGGUCGCCCGCGAGGCCGCCUCCAAGUUCAACCCGAAUGUCAAGAUCGAGGCACAUCACGCAAACAUCAAAGACCCACAAUUCAAUGUCGACUGGUUCCGCAGUUUCGUUAUCGUCUUCAACGCCCUCGACAACCUCGACGCUCGCCGCCAUGUCAACCGCAUGUGCCUUGCUGCCGACGUACCGUUGAUCGAGAGUGGCACCACCGGCUUCAAUGGCCAGGUCCAACCCAUCCGCAAGCGCCUGACGGAAUGCUACGACUGCGCCCCGAAAGAGACUCCCAAAUCCUUCCCCGUCUGCACCAUCCGAAGCACGCCGAGUCAGCCCAUCCACUGUAUCGUCUGGGCCAAGAGUUAUCUGUUCAAUGAGCUGUUUGGAAUCAGCGAGGACCAAGCCUCAGAUCUUGACCACACAUCAGACGAGAACAACAAGGAAGAGAUCGCCGAGUUGAAGAAGGAGGCCGCUGCCCUGAAAGAAAUCCGCGCAUCAAUGGGCUCGACCGAGUUCCCGCAAAAGGUCUUCGACAAGGUCUUCACUCAGGACAUCAAGCGACUGCUCGGUAUGGAGGACAUGUGGAAAAUGCGCAAGCCGCCGACCGCCCUUGAUUUCGAGACGGUCAACGCCGAAGCCGCCAAUGUUGACCGUCAAACGCUAGCGGAUGAUCAGAAGGACUGGUCAUUGGCAGAGAACUUUGCCGUCUUCGCCGACAGCCUGAUUCGAUUGAGCGACCGUCUGGACAAGCUACGAGCUGCGCAAGAAACCGGUAACGCUCCUCCGAUCUUGACCUUUGACAAGGAUGACAGAGAUACUCUCGACUUUGUGGCCGCCGCCGCCAACCUCCGCUCCAUUACAUUCGGCAUCGAGACCAAGUCUGAAUUCGACAUCAAGCAAAUGGCUGGCAACAUCAUCCCAGCCAUCGCCACCACAAACGCAACCACGGCAGCUCUGUGUGUGCUUCAGGCUUUCAAGAUAAUGCGUGGCGAUUGGGCCAAGGCAAAGAUGGUCUUUUUGACAAAAUCGACCGAGCGUGUCAUCAACAAGGAAUCUCUUCGCCCACCAAGACCCGACUGUGGUGUUUGUGCCACUGCCUACGCUAGACUUGUCAUCAACACCGAAAAGACUACUCUUGAGUCAUUCGUCAAGGACGUUCUUGUCAAGAAGCUUGGCUACAACCAAGACGAGGUCGAGGUCAGCAACAAUGCAGGAGUCUGGUAUGACCCUGACAUGGCCAUGGAUGACAACGACAACCUCGAGAAGACUCUGUCUGAAAUCAACAUUGUCAACGAUUCAACCGUCAUCAUUCGUGGCGAAGGCGACGAGGGCGAGCGUGUCAACCUUGAGUUGUCCAUCUCGAACAUGGAACUGGAUCCGUCCGCAGCCGCCGCCACAUCAGAAUCCUUCACUCUCGUCCCCGAUCUUCAAACCAUCCCCAAGAAGACGCCUGCCGUCACAGCGACAACUACCGACUCCGCACCAUCCAAUGGCCACAACCUUCCCACUCGCACAACAGCCAAGCGUUCGGCUGACGAGGCAGAACUCGACAACGACCAAACCGCCAAGCGUGGCAAGGUCGCCGAAGAGAAGAAGGAUGUCACCGUCGUCGAGGAUGACGGUGCUAUCAUGAUCGAUGAUGACUGAUCUACUGGCAUCAAUUUGGCCAACUCUUCCAUUCCAAUUUUCCACUUUCCUCCAUUUCCACCUUUUUACAUCUCUGGGAAAAGCGAACAAUACAGGGAUAAACAAAAAGAAGGACAAUCUCUGCUGUUUCCGCAAGAGAGGCGUUUUUGAUUUCUGAUCUUCAUUUUCUCAGAGGAAGGGCUCUUUUUACAAGAUUUCCUCCUUCUUCACUAGUAUACCCCCAGCACAACAAGCUUUCCGAUUCUUCGGGAAGUUUUACUCUUCUUCUUUUUUCAAAGCUGGCAGCAGUAGGCUGUUUCGAGCAAAAGGGCCAGCAAAAGAAAUAACAAAGCAAAAAUCUGUUCAUAC